ACGCUAACGACGCUUUGUCUCGUGACUGCCGAUGCGAAUGAAGUCAUUCUGAUGCGGAUGUUGUCUCAGAUUUCCGCAGCUCCAGGGGACGUUUCCGAACUGGUCCGUCUCCCGUGACUCGUGCGAGUACACCGGAGGCUCGCGUGUCAAAACGGUACACAACUCCUUUGCAGACACAGCGCAAGACGAUGUUGGUUGGAAAGCGUUCUGAGUUUUGGCAGCGAAUACGGAGGACAAAGCUGUCGCCGCACUGUACAUCAUUCAUUGACGAGACCCGAAAACGUUCCAUGCUUUUGCCGUCUUCGUGAAUCUCCGUGGCUGUCCGCAUCGGUGCCAUGCUGGUUCAGAGGCGCAGCGGACAAUCGAAGAGGCUGCAACUAAUGUACCGCCAUUUGUUUAGUCGGGCUGCUCGUCGGCUUCAGAGAUGUAAUUCUGCAUGAGACCUCCACAGCCGCUUCGGCUUCCCGUCUCCCGUCACGAAAAACGGAACCGAACAGAGUGAGAGACGGCGCGCCGUCGGUGUUCCAGCAAGGCGCCUGUUUGUCAAUCUACAUGCUUCGUUUUGUAUCCCCUCUCUCCCCCAGUUCAGCUCAUUCAACUUCCGCCUUCGCUCUCUCAAAAUCGCGGACAAAAGUUGUCCAGCCGCCUUUUCAACCGCUAGCUUCCCCCCCUUUCUUGCCACAACUUGUGGAGGGCCGACGCGAUUUAUACACGAAAAGAAGGGAACAGCAAAGCAGUUGCUUAUUAAUGCCGUGUUCCGCUGAAAACCACGAAUACGUUCCUUUGCUUGGGGCUCUGACUACACGAUGCAUCUGCCUAGGCUUUGUCACCGACUUUCCUAGGUAUGUUUCUUUGUCUCGCACUUAACCUGAGGAAUGCCUGCUGUGAUGAAAGAGUGGCCUUCUCCCUGUUGCUUGACUCACUACGCGGCAGGCGAAUUUGCCCGCUGUUUCACUCGGCCACCGUUUUGUUUGGUGUCUCAAUUCCCGGUUAACCUGUGUUCUGCUACCGCCGUUUUUCCUUUUCUGCAUGGCCUUCCUCUGCCCCUGCUACGAUGCGUCCCGUGUAGUGUCCGCUCUGGAAAACCGACUUUACGCGAUACGAGCGCUAAAUGCUUGAAUGAAAACACGGACAUAACUUCCUCAGGUCUAUGUACACUUCGUGACUUGUUUCCAGCGUUCUUCCCGAGGUGUACGUACACUUCUUGACUUGUGCAUAUCGUCCUUCCUCAGAUGUACGAGCACCCCGUGGCUUGUGUGUAUCCUGAUGGAGGGCAUGAAGAGCACUCGGAGUCCGCAGGACCCUGCGAGCCUCCCGGAGACCGACGCGCGCGGGAUGAUGGGGCGGUCCUCUUACGUCGGCCUUUCGAUUUCCUCGCGCAGCGGCUCUUUGGAUCGCAGCAGCAUGCCCCCGCCGCCUCUGUUGUCUUACGUUCCGCCGAAGAAGUGUCUGUGCUGCGAAAUGACGGCGCCGGCGGACGCUGGAGGCGCGGAGAAAAGCGUUCGAGCCAAGGCGGACCGCAGCACAGAAAAGCGGACAGACGACGUGGAGCAGGCCGCCGCUCAGGCCUUCGCUGAUGCUCAGAGCCGCGCGGAGGAAAGUGAGAAGCGUGAGACAGGGCGAGAUCUGCCGCCGAAUUCCGGAGCAUCUGGAUUCCAGGACCCAGGCGCAGCGCGGCGCCUCUCGGCGGCCCUCACGGCUGAAACGGUGUACACCUCGCUGAGGCCGGCGACAGGCGAAGGCGUACCGCUGAUGGCGGAAGCCUCCUACUCGUUGGAGGAGUUCCAGAAAGACAACUCGAGCAUGGACGACACUCCCCUCCCGGUGCGCUCGUCUUCCUGUCCGACUUCAUACGCGACGUCCAGUUUCGAGACGGGGGGCGCCGGUGUGAUGGCACUGCAACGCAAGGGUGAGAACACAGCACCAGGUGACAGAGAGAAAAGGACCUCCGAGGGGGCAGGCGUCCGACCGUUGGCAGGCGCGCAGCGGACAACGUCUUCCACUUGCGAGUGGACAGCGCCCUUUAUUGAGGCUCUUAUCCUUCAGCUCAGGAGACGGGAACUCCGAGGAAGCCACCAAGCUGCGCGACGCACUGCUGAGGUUCUGCGUCGCCUUGUCGAUGUCUAUCCGUGGCAAACAACGCAUGAACUCAUCGAUGUCGUGAAGCACGUCGGCCGUCGCCUUAUUCGCGCAAGCCCCAUGGAGUUCCUCGUUGCUAACGUCUUGAGAAGAGUUCUGUGCAUCAUCCGCCGAGAGCAUUACAAACACGUGGAGCUGCAGAGACACCGACAGCAACAGCAGGCUGCCGAGCGCGCGCAGAAGAGCCGGGACGUCUCUUCGCUUCUCUCGAGCCCAGGGUCCUUUUCUGAGGCGACCCGAGAAAGCUCAAGAAAAGCCGAGAGUCCCUCGGAAACGGCACUGUGUCGCUCGUGUGGGUGCGUCUCUUCCAGCGCCUCUGUUUCACUCGGACGCGGAGAAGGAAACAGUCGCCAGGGCGAAGAGCGCGAGCAGCUGCCCUUGAGGCCUGGCGCCAGUGGAGAGCACCUUCUCUUCUCACACGAAAGGCCCGCGUUGCAUCGAACGACUUCCGGAACGCUCCACGUCGCGCGCUGGGCCUCGCAGCGGGCGGCACCUUCCAUGGCGAUGUACUUCGACCCCUACGCCUCGCCUGGAGCAGACGACUGUCGACCCAUUUCUGCCUCGGUCAAGCAGUCGAUCUUUGAGGGCAUAAGCGAGCUGGUGGCCGAAGUCGACAGCGCUUGGGAAGAAGGCGACGAUGUCCGAACUGCAUGCUUUCUGAACGGCGACUGCAUCUUAACCUACGGAUACUCCCUCGCUGUGGAGAGGCUCCUCAAGGCCAUUCACCGCAAGAACCAAGAAGGCGGCGAGCACGGUGCCAGCAGCCGGCGCACAAAGAAGAAGCGCGUCAGGUGUAAUUUCCAAGUGAUUGUUUUGGGAGGCGACCCAGAGCAAGGCGGAAAGAAGAUGGCGCAAUGCCUCGUUGCAUGCGGAAUAAAAACUGCAUAUGUCGCCGACGGCGCGCUCUUUGCAGUCAUGAACAAAGUCGAUAAAGUGGUGUUGGGUACUCGCGCUGUCCUCUCUUCGGGAAGUGCCGUGACUAUCAGCGGUGCUCGAUACGUGGCUGAGGCCGCCAAGACGUUCAGCAAACCGGUGAUCGUGGUCGCGCCUCUCUUCAAGUUGACACAUCUUCCGGUGUAUGAUCACCACUCGCGAAACGAGCUUCUUCCUCCUGCGCUGCUGCUGCCGGAGAGUGCCGAGAUGGAGAACGUCAGUGUACGCAUCCCGCUCUACGACUACAUCCCAGACAGACUGCUGACAGUCUUCAUCACAGAAAUUGGCCCCAUCGAUCCAUCCUACUUGUACACUUUGUCGAAGCAGCGCUAUCACAUCGACGACUUGGACCUCUGUACUCUGGACUAAUGCAGAGCCUCUGCGCUCCGAGCGACAAGGGUUCUCCGACAUCUAGAAGACAUCUGCGCACCUACAUAUCAUAUAUGUACGUAUAUAUAUGUGACCAGAAGAGUGCGCAUACACAUAUACUGUAUGCGUGUGUGCACAGAUGUAAGUAGAAAAGUGUCCUUCCAGAACCGUGCGUGGGUUCGGAGGUACGGACCGCGAUUCACAAAAACGAGGAAGUGCAUGCAGGCGGGUGUGGCUCUGUGAAACGCAAUGCAACUAAGAAUGAGGGUUUGUGGAGAAGUGUGAGUAGGGAGGCGGUGUUUGUGUACCGGGUGAGAAACGGAGGAAGCGCAUUUGUGUUGAUCAAUUGGCAUUUCUGUAUGGAGUAAAUUGUGGAUCACAGUGUCGCGGCCCUUCUGCACACAGCAACAGGCUUGCAGGCGCAUAUGUGCGUCUCACGCAUGUUUGAAUUUUUGGAAAUUGCCGCCCAAAUGCAGACCUCCUCUGAAGGCAGCACAUGCCCCCACGCACACUUCAGGAAAGUCGUGUUUCUCAGGUGUUGUUCCCACGCGGAAAACCUCGAACAUACAGCCCCCCCUUGUACACACAGAGACUCGUUAGGAGGAACACAAGUUGGUUGGCGUUCCUUUUUUAAAGCGUUCACCAAUGAUACUCGGAUCUCUGCUACCGCCUUGUUGGGACACGACGACUGCCGAAUUCCCC